CACGAACCAACAGUUGAGUUUACGCGGAAUUUUCGCUUCAGUCGGUGAAGUGGCAUCAUGGCUAUCAGCUUCUGGAGAUGUCUGGAUGGGAAAGCUGGUCGUCCUAGGCUUCGAAAUGCCCUCCAACAGCGGAAUGUACCAAUUGUUAAGACACCGACUUAUCAGAACAGCUAUCAGCUCAAAGCGAGGAAUCCCUUCAGAACGGAUCCUGUGGAUGAAAUUGUGAAAAAUGUCAUGCAGAUACGGUUGGAAGAUAUGACGUAUGAUGCUGCCAUAGCUCCAAAGUUGUGUGCUCAUAUUGCUAAGGAAAUUAGGAAGAAAAUUUUGAAAUUGGAAUUCGACAGAUGCCGAAUAAUCGUCCUAGUGACUAUGAUAGAAAAAGCGAGUCAAGCUGUAAACACCAAGAUGGGCUUUGUGUGGGACGUCGAGAGGGAUAAUUACGCAACCUACAACUUUGAAACCCCAUCGUUUUACGCUCACUGUCUCGUUAUCGGCGCUUAUUACGAGUGAGGAAAAUCGCUGCUACGUUAAUUCUGUGUCGAGUUAAUUAUCGAUCCACAGCGACAAUCGUGUCUGUAAAUAUAUUCUCUCAGUGCCGAAUAGAACUACUUCUAUUUUUCUUGUGUCAUAAAAAAUUGUGAUUACGAUAAUCGGGAGAAGUGUAUAUCAAUUAAUUUAUCAUUUUUAAAACGUUCCUUCAUUAAUUCGAAGAGCAUUUUGUUAUUUCAACUUUUCAAUUUUCAAAUUUGCAUUUGAUCAAAUGCACUUUCUAAUGAUCUAACUAGUGAAUCAAUCAAACAAAGCAAUUAAACUUUAUUUUAAGAUUGUAAAAUCUUGGCAGAAAUGUCUGUAGCUUGUUUCCGACUCUAGUAGUGUUUUUUCUAGAUUCGAAGAUCUUGAUGAAAAUUUUAAGCUCAAAUUAUGUUAAAUACAAAGUUGGUGAAUAAAAAAAGUCAUUUUACCUUGAA